CCGCUCGUCCUGCCGAACGAAGAAGUCCACUUGACGCCCGGACCGCCGGCUCGCGUGUGUCAGUCCACGCGAGUUUUUUUUUUUUUGUUUGUUUUCUCGCUCCGCGUUCAUUCGUUAAUUAGGCGCUCAGGUGCGGAGGAAGUUUCUCACUUUGAACUUUCUUAUCUCGGGAGGAGGAAGUUGCAAAUCGUCAGCAACAAACUGCUUGCAAGUGCACUUUUUUUUUUUUUUCGUUUUUGUUUUCGUUGUAUUUUGAUUUUUUUUUUUUUUUUUUUUACUUAAACUUCGAUCCACGAAGGAGAAGCACUUGACCGGCCACCAUGGACCCUCAGUCCGUCUCCGCCUGCUGACAUCGAGCUCCUUCCCGGCAUGCAACUCGUUCUGUAGUCGUUGCUUUUUUUUUUUGUCUAUUCUUUUUCUCUCCGAAGAAGACUCCCCCUGCACCCCCAUCGCACCAUGGCCGUCUCUCCCCCCCGGUUGCUUUGGAGACGGAGCCUCCUCCUGGCGGUGUGCGUGUGCGCGCUCGGGGCGCGCGGAGCGCAGGAGGAGGACGGGGAAGAGGAGGAAAACAGCGGCGGCUUCAACUCGGAGUCUUGGCUGAGGAUGUACGGCUACCUGCCUCAGGCCAACCGCCAGAUGUCCACCAUGCGCUCCACGCAGAUCUUGGCCGACGCCAUCAGCGACAUGCAACGCUUCUACGGCCUGGAAGUCACCGGGCACGUGGACCCGCAAACCAUCAGCGCCAUGAAGAGACCCCGCUGCGGCGUCCCCGACAAGUUCGGAGGUCAGAUCAAAACCAACGUGAGGCGGAGGCGCUACGCCCUCACCGGGCACAAAUGGAACAAGAACCGUCUCACCUUCAGCAUCCAGAACUACACCCCCAAGAUCGGCGAGUACAACUCCUUCACGGCCAUCCGGCAGGCCUUCAAGGUGUGGGAGAGCGUCACGCCGCUGACCUUUGACGAGAUCCCCUACCAAGAGAUCAAGUACGGCCGGCGCAAGGAACCCGACAUCAUGCUGUUCUUCGCGUCCGGCUACCACAGCGACAGCUCCCCGUUUGACGGCGAGGGCGGCUUCCUGGCCCACGCCUACUUCCCCGGGCCCGGCAUGGGCGGCGACACCCACUUUGACUCGGACGAGCCGUGGACCAUCGGAAACCAGAAUGUACAAGGCAACGACCUGUUCCUGGUGGCCGUCCACGAGCUGGGCCACGCGUUGGGCUUGGAGCACUCCAACAACCCGCUGGCCAUCAUGGCGCCUUUCUACCAGUGGAUGGAGACGGAAAACUUCCAGCUGCCCGACGACGACCGCAGAGGCAUUCAGCAGAUUUACGGCACGCACGACGACAGGCCCACUCAGGCCUUGCCCACCGUGACGCCGCGCCGGCCCAACCCCCGCCCGCCGCACAAUCCUCCCCCUCGCCAGCCGGACCGGCCCAGGACCACCGACAGGCCGGAUCACUACGGACCCGACAUCUGCGAAGGCAAUUUCGACACGGUGGCCAUGCUGCGAGGAGAGAUGUUUGUCUUUAAGGGCCGUUGGUUCUGGAGGGUGCGCAGGAACAGAGUGCUGGACAACUACCCCAUGCCCAUCGGACACUUCUGGCGAGGUUUACCCGGAGACAUCGACGCCGCCUACGAGAGACACGACGGCCGUUUCGUCUUCUUCAAAGCAAAUCGAUUCUGGCUCUUCCGGGAGGCCAACCUGGAGCAAGGCUACCCUCAGGAGCUGGUGGACUACGGCCGCGACAUUCCUUACGAGCGCAUCGACGCGGCCAUCUGGUGGGAGCCCUCCGGAUACACGUACCUCUUUCAGGGAGACUGGUAUUGGCGCUUUAACGAGCAGUCGCGCUCGGCCGACAGAGGCUACCCGAAGGCCGUCAGCGUGUGGGGGUCUUCCGUCCCUUCCGCUCCCAAGGGGGCCUUCCUGAGCGACGACGGAGCGUACACGUACUUCUACAAGGGCUCCAAGUACUGGAAGUUCGACAACCACCGCAUGAAGAGCGAGCCGGGCUACCCCAAGUCCAUCCUGCGCGACUUCAUGGGCUGCAGCGUGGACCUGUCGCCGCCGGACACCGACGCCGACGACAAAUACCCCGCCGUCGACCGGCCGCCGUUCAACCCGGACGCCGGGCGCGAAGAUGACGACAACGUGGACAAGAAGGACGACGAGGACCGAGACGGCGGCGGCCGGACCGACGGCGACAAAGAAGAGGACGGGGACGAGCGCGAGACCCGCGAGGAGGACACCAACGAAGUGGAUGUGGUGCUGAAAGUGGACGACAGCCAGGAGCGGACCAUGAACAUCCUGAUGGUGACCAUCCCCCUGGUUCUGGUGCUGUGCAUCCUGGGCCUCAUCUACGCCAUCAUCAACACGCUUCAGAGCAAGGGCGCGCCGAGGCUUUUGGUCCACUGCAAGCGCUCGCUUCAGGACUGGGUUUGAACCCGGAACUCGAGACGGGGAAUGCCGAACCCUGGACGGAGCCUCGAGGCAAAGAAACAGUUGGUAACAGGUCCACGCGGUUACUGUACUGACUAGGGAUGGGCAUCACGAUCCAUGGACGGAUGGUGUGGGAUUUAUUGUCCAUUUAUGCCAAUCACGACGUGUCGAACUCCUUUUGGUCGCGGGAAGCGUUGCCGUUCUGGUCUUCUCCAGACGUCCUUUGAGACUUUUAAGAAAAGCUUUCAUUUCCAUACACCGUAGAUAAAUGGGAUAGUCCGAUCUCCAUUUCGCAAGGAACGUGAAGUCAACACUUCAUCAGCUUCGGUGGGCCACACAAGUGAUAAAAGUUGAACACUUUCAUUCACAUCACCGAUCGAUCCAUCAAGGAAAACGAGCCCAGCGCCCAUCCCUACCGAGACCUGCUCCACGGUGCAUCGACUGUAGUCGAUUUAUACGAGACAAGUUUGCACAUUGUUUGUGUUCAUUGGGUGUGACUUUCUUCUUCUUGGUUUUUUUUUUUUAGAUGAUUCUUGAUUGAUUUCGAAACCGGGAACUCGGCUGUAAUCUCUGGCUUGCCCAUUCCCUUUCUUACCUUUCAGCACGGUACGCAGAGUUUACAUUCAGAGGCGGCCUGACACCCGCUUUGCUUUCGAGGACUCUAGAAAAAUUCUGAGCCCCUGAACAUCGAUGACUUCUGCUAGGCACGUCCAUCAUGAGUUGGCCCGCAAAGAACUCUUAGGAAGCCGCGUGCCGAGUCUGGCAACACGGUCAGAAUGUCGGCAUUUCUGGCUCAUUCCGGCGAUUUCCGGAGAUCCUUCAGACACGUCCUAGUCCCGCCCAUUUCAGACCUAUUGCUACCAAAUUGGAAUCAUUGACUUGAUCUGGCAACACGGUCAGAAUGUCGGCAUUUCUGGCUCAUUCCGGCGAUUUCCGGAGAUCCUUCAGACACGUCCUAGUCCCGCCCAUUUUAGACCUAUUGCUACCAAAUUGGAAUCAUUGACUUGGUCUGGCAACACGGUCAGAAUGUCGGCAUUUCUGGCUCAUUCCGGCGAUUUCCGGAGAUCCUUCAGACACGACCUAGUCCCGCCCAUUUCAGACCUAUUGCUACCAAAUUGGAAUCAUUGACUUGGUCUGGCAACACGGUCAGAAUGUCGGCAUUUCUGGCUCAUUCCGGCGAUUUCCGGAGAUCCUUCAGACACGUCCUAGUCCCGCCCAUUUUAGACCUAUUGCUACCAAAUUGGAAUCAUUGACUUGGUCUGGCAACACGGUCAGAAUGUCGGCAUUUCUGGCUCAUUCCGGCGAUUUCCGGAGAUCCUUCAGACACGUCCUAGUCCCGCCCAUUUUAGACCUAUUGCUACCAAAUUGGAAUCAUUGACUUGGUCUGGCAACACGGUCAGAAUGUCGGCAUUUCUGGCUCAUUCUGGCGAUUUCCGGAGAUCCUUCAGACACGUCCUAGUCCCGCCCAUUUCAGACCUAUUGCUACCAAAUUGGAAUCAUUGACUUGGUCUGGCAACACGGUCAGAAUGUCGGCAUUUCUGGCUCAUUCUGGCGAUUUCCGGAGAUCCUUCAGACACGUCCUAGUCCCGCCCAUUUUAGACCUAUUGCUACCAAAUUGGAAUCAUUGACUUGGUCUGGCAACACGGUCAGAAUGUCGGCAUUUCUGGCUCAUUCCGGCGAUUUCCGGAGAUCCUUCAGACACGUCCUAGUCCCGCCCAUUUCAGACCUAUUGCUACCAAAUUGGAAUCAUUGACUUGGUCUGGCAACACGGUCAGAAUGUCGGCAUUUCUGGCUCAUUCUGGCGAUUUCCGGAGAUCCUUCAGACACGUCCUAGUCCCGCCCAUUUUAGACCUAUUGCUACCAAAUUGGAAUCAUUGACUUGGUCUGGCAACACGGUCAGAAUGUCGGCAUUUCUGGCUCAUUCCGGCGAUUUCCGGAGAUCCUUCAGACACGUCCUAGUCCCGCCCAUU